CGUUUGACGCACUCGUGUAACUAGCUAAUGGCAGGAGGAAGAGCAUAUAGAAAGUGUGAAGAGGAUUACGUGUCAGGUACUUGUAAACGGAAGCGAUGGCGAGUGCGCGAAUGCCUUUGGACGAACAGCAUGUGACGGAACCCGGGGGGCCUAUGGGUAGAGAUCGUACCCUACCAGCGCUGCACCCUGACCGAAUGGAGGACCGAUGUUUUGUGGCAUAUAGGCCCCCGCCGCUGGAAGCUUCUUCAGCACAGCUGGAGGAGUUCCUGGAGCAUGCUCAGUUUAUUGCCGACGACCUGGACUGGCUGCUGUCUCUGCCGCAUGACAAGUUCUGGUGCCAGGUGGUGUUUGAUGAGUCCCUUCAGAAGUGCCUAGAUUCAUACCUGCGUCAUGCUCCCAGGGGGCUGGACCCAGAUGCACUGCCCACCUCCCCUGCUGUGGUUGAUAUGCAACGGCGACUACACCGUUCAGUCUUCAUGACCUUCCUGAGGAUGGCAACACACAAGGAAUCCAAGGAGAACUUCAUUACUCCAGCUGUGUUUGGAGAGAUUAUUUACAACAACUUCCUGUUUGACAUUCCCAAGAUCCUGGACCUGUGUGUGUUAUAUGGAAAAGGAAAUUCACAGCUACUUCACAAAAUGAUCGAAAACAUCUUCACUCAGCAGCCCAGUUACUAUAGUGACCUGGAGGAGGCGGUGCCUACAGUUAUACAGGUGCUGGACACCAUCCUGGAGAAGUGUGGCCUGCAGGUGGAGGGAGCCACUGCGCGUGAACCCCUCAAGCUGGGAGCCCAGGGAAGACCCACUGCCAUGACCAUGAGUCAGAAGGAUCUGGCGGACCUGGUCUUGUACCUGUGUGACUCCUGCACCACCAUUUACUCCUUCCUUGACAUCUUCCCCACUGCCUGCCGCACCUUCCACUCACAUGGUUUCCUCAGCAGACUGGCUUCAUUCUAUGAGCUGGCUGUGCCUGACAUUGAGAAGGCUGUGAAAAAGAGGAACUUUGAUAAGAGUUUACAGGAGGACCUGUGGAGAAGGGUGUCACAUUCCUGUAGGAAGAUGGUGGAGAUCGCUCACCUGCUCCUACAGCACACAUGCUUGCAGCCCAUUGUGGAGGGUUCAGAGAACAUACAGUCCUUUGUGGAAGACUUUCUACAGAUCUUCAGUGCUCUUCUCCAGGAAAAGAGGUUCUUGGCUGAUUACGACGAGCAAUUCCCUGUGGCAGAUGACAUCAGCCUCUUACAGCAAGCCUUUCCUCCUCUCGACGAGACCAGGACAUCCUACCUGUUGCAGGGUGUGGAGUCUGCAUGGGAGAGCUUGGGCAGGAAGAGGCUUAGGCCAGCCCCAUCAGCAGCCCCACAGGAAGUGAAGAGCGUGGAUGGGGCUCUGGCUGACAGAGAGCAGGACCAGCCCAACGGGGUACAGAGUGCUGCAGAAGCCCAGGUGGAUUCCCCUCAGAAAGGGGACAAUGGAGCUGUCUGCACAGUGAGCGCAGGGGAGCUGGAGUCCCUUUUGUCCCACAUCAGAGACCUGCUCCCAGACCUGGGCGAGGGCUUCAUCCUGGCCUGCCUGCAGGAGUACGGCUACAACUCUGAGGUGGUCAUCAAUAACAUCCUGGAGGACAGGCUGGCACCUGCUCUGGACAAGCUGGACCGAACCCUGCCCAGGCCAGUGAAAAAGGAGCUGCCAUCUGUCCUGAGCUCCAGGUCCAACGUGUUUGAUGAUGAUGAGUUUGACGUUUUCUCUCGGGAUCAGCUGGAUAUGUCUCGCAUCUGGAAGGGUAGAAGGCAGGGGGAGAGCCUGCGCGACAUGCUGAACGACAAGCAGCACAUCGAGGAGCAGCGAGCGCGGUACCAGGCCUACCAGACCGUGGUGGAUGAGGUGCCUGUAGCCCCGGGGGAGCAGGGGGCCGGAGGCGGCGCGUACUUCACGGAUGACUACGACGACGAAUACGACGACACUUACGAUGUCAACCAAGUGGGAGCAAACGACCUGGAUGAGGACAGCGACCUGCUGAACCGCAGGCCGUUCACCACCCCCCAGAUCCUGCGCGCUGGAAAACAGGUCCAGGGCAAGCAGCAAGAGGGAGACGAGGAGGAAGAGGAAGAGGAAGAGGAAAAGGAUGAUGAGGUGAAGAGGGACCACUUUGUCCAGGACCCUGCGGUGCUGCGAGAGAGAGCGGAGGCCAGAAGGGCGGCCAUGCAGAGCAGAAGAGGGUACAGGCCAGAGCCAGUUAGCCACGUGGUGGGGCGGCCCAAGGGCCAGGGCCAGACCACGGAGACCACGCUAGACAGACGCAAGAAGGAGGCCAACAAGAGCCGAGGUGCCAACCACAACCGCAGGGCCAUGGCUGACCGCAAGAGGAACAAAGGCAUGAUCCCAUCCUGAUGCACACCGUUGCCAUGGACACUUCUUGCCAGAUGCUGGAGGAGACGGGCAGUGACCAGAGAGACAGUCGAGGCUCAGGUAUCCCAGGUGACCGCAAAAGUGGUCACUUCCUGCGUCAGGAUCCAGUUCCGGCCUCCCUCUCUUUGUGACUUCUAAGGCUAAUCUUGUCUCCCUCAUCAGUUUCUUACAUACCCAACUCUAUUUUUCGUAUAAUUCACACAAACCAGAACGUCUUUCCAUCACAUAGCCUAGUUCGGCAAUGCUGAUGGUGAGUAGUUCUUUUCCAUUUUAUAACUACAACCCUGAGUUUUAAGUUCAGCAAGAUUUUGUUUGAAGUUUCUUAAUGAGAUGGACUGUUAAGUGACCCUCCACCUCCUAAAUGCUCCUUUUUUGUUAACCUGAAAAAAAAGCUGCUUGGUCACUGAAGACUGACGUACUCUGUAAACCAAAGUGCUGAUGGACACGCAGUGGACAUGUGUUUUGCCAUGUAACAAAUCCAUUUAUUAAAAGAAUGGAUGUAAACACGUUCUGUAACAUUAAAUCAACAUUAGGGUAAAUCGACUCUAGAACAACAGAAUCCAGGGAGUCCAACCUGAGAAGCUAUCCCCAUCACUUUGGAAAGACAGGUGGUGUCUGAUGAGUGUGGAAAAUCAAAAAGGCAGGUGGGAAAAGAGGUGAGGCAGUGCACACAGAGGGACAUGCCUCACCUUGACCCCUCUUAAACAAAGUUUGCUGCAGCAGCAACACUUGCCGUUAGCUUUGCGUGUGGACAAGCAUGAAAGGGCUGGUGUCUCUUAAGCAAACAUUCUAGCGGUGCCAUUUCACCAUGCACUGCAACUAUACAAGAAGCAACAAUAGAAUAUCAAAGAGCAUUUUUCUAACAAAAGGCUUAUUUAUGAUUGCUUUUGUAUUGAGGUUGUGUCAAACUAAAUAAAGAAUAUAUUAGUAAAUACUUUUACCUUUUAAGGUUCGUAAUUAUUUUUGAGCUGUCUGUUUUCGUGCUUACCAAAUGUGGUCUUGGAGACACAGAGCCACAGCUUGGAUUGAG